AUGCCAACAAACAGCACUCAAGGAUCAGCUCAAGCCGGCCGCAACACCAGGAUUGAUGUCCACACCCAUGUCGUACCUCCAUUUUGGGGUGAAGCCUUGCCUACCCAUGGCGGUGAUCCGUCAGGAUGGGCCCUUCCUGCGUGGUCUCCGGAGACUGCCCUCGAGUUCAUGGAGGUGCAGAAAAUCCAGACCAAGGUCCUUUCUCUUACUGCGCCCGGAGUAACUGGCUGGCCCAUCGCCGAGAGAGCAGCAGUUUGCCGUCGCAUCAACGAGUAUGUCCAGGACUUGUGCCACAAGUACCCUGGCCGUUUCGGAAAUUUCGCCUCGCUUCCUCUGCCUGAUGUCGAAGGAAGUGUUAAAGAAGUGGAGUACGGCCUCGACACUCUUGGCGUUGAUGGUUUCGUAGUAUACACGAACUACGACGGUGUCUACCUUGGAGACAAGAGGUUUGAGCCCGUCUGGAAGGCCAUCAAUGACCGCAAGGGUGUCGUGUUUAUCCACCCUAGUCACCUGCAGCUCGAGGUGCUUGCCGGCCAGCCUGGUCCUCUUGUCGACUACCCCUUCGACACAACCCGCACUGCCGUGCACAUGACAUUGAACGGAGUUCUGACCAGAAACCCUGAUAUCAAGUUCAUUCUGUCACAUGCUGGCGGAUUCUUGCCCUACGCGGCCCUUCGAUUCGCCAAAUUGGGUGCUUCAAUCCACCCGCAGGGCCCGUCUUCAGAAGAGAUCUUGAAGCAAUUCAAGAGCUUCUACUUCGACACCGCCUUGUCCUCGGGUCCCUAUGCACUUCCCGCUCUGCUGGAGUUUGCUGGAAAGGACCACAUCCUGUAUGGAUCGGAUUUCCCGUACGCUUCAGCUGCAGUGUCUGGGGAGUUCACCCACUUGCUGGACAAUGGAUCGAACAUCCCCGAGGAAACCACUCACGCAAUCAACACAAACGCCGCCAAGAUUCUCAAGCGUUUCCAGUAA